UUGAACGUCGCUGAACGACUGAUAUUAUUUACAAACUUGCCUCAUGUUUCACUUUUUGCUUUUCAGAUUAUUAGCUGCAAACAAGCUGAAUGAUGAGUCACUACCAAAUGAUUUAUUGGUCAACUUUACGCUUAAUACUUUGAUUGAUCUAUCAAUGAAUGAGCUGACCAAAUUUCCAGGAGAACUUCUACGAACACAAAACCAGCUGCUGCACCUUUACCUCCAACGCAACCACAUUACUGCUCUAGACGAAACCAUGUUCAAAGGACUUCACUCUCUUGCUUCACUAUACAUCUAUCAAAAUCCGAUAAUACAGAUGGCAGACUUUCAGUUUUUUGAGACAACCCUAGAAUUUCUUAUUAUGUUUCAGUGUGAUUUAUCAGAAGUUGGAAUGAGACCGUUUGCUACGAAAGGAGACACCAUAAAGCAAAUAUUACUCCACGGAAAUCCAAUUGAACAUAUUUCCAACACCGUAUGGCGUGAUUUGAGACAUGACUGUUACGUAUCUGUUGAUAACAGUCUUCAAGAAGCACCACAAACGAAUCGGACAGACAUUACAAUUGAAUUAGUCGGAGACGACUUUAUACGUCCAUUUUACAUGCUGUAUGUAGGAAACCGUGACUUUUCGUCAUCGGGUUUUGUGUGCCAAGAAACUUCACAACCCGAGCGUAAAUGCAGGCCCUGUCAUCAGGGAACUUUCGGAUCGCAGUCAGGCUGUAGCCCAUGUCCGCCAGGUGGGUUUUACCAAAGCAAAACUGGUCAGUAUUCGAAUGGCGAUUUGAACUGUGAAACAUGCAAUAAAGGAACUUACGUCUCGCCUGAAGCUUCACCUGGCACGAGAGCUGCUGAUUGCAAGAUAACAUGGGAAUCAUGUUGCAUCCUGCUGCAUCCGCAUACCCUAAAUCCAUCUGGCUUUCAUAUUGAUGUGUCGCUCCCCAUUUAUUUGCUGAGUGCCAGUGACGUAGCUGAUACUAAAGUUUGCUAUUUAACCCAAGAACCUGAUCCAGAUGAAGGGAACCGACUACGAUGGAUCCAACCAUUUGAGGAUAUGUGUUCCUGUACCUCAAUCCGACCAGGAGGGCUGUUUAAAGUAGCUCCAAAUAGAAAGACUAAACCCAGCUACACUGAUGAACCAAUCUUCACUGAUGACCAAGAAGAGAUACAUGAUCCUUAUGAUUGCCAUAUGAAGGACUGUCAGGAUUUGUUGGAUGCUGGUCACAAGGAGGAUGGUAUCUACACAAUCCAUCCCAUCCAGAAUGAGAAUGGAAUACAGGUGUUCUGUGAUAUGACGAAACAUACAGGCUGGAUUGUGUUCCAGCGGCGCGUUAAUGGAUCAGUCAAUUUCGACCGCAGUUGGGCAGAAUACAAGAAAGGCUUUGGGUCAUUGGAUGGUGAGUUCUGGCUUGGCAAUGAAAUUCUACAUAAUAUGACUGAUGCUGGAGGGAACUGGACAAUCCGUCUGGACCUAACCAAUGAAGAAAAUAAAACGGGUCAUUUGCUGAAGACACAGUUCCGCGUCGGACCUGACGAUUACACCCUGUUUCUGGAGCACUCCGAGAUACCACCGACUGUUCAUAAAGUUUGUCAGCAGAAGCUCGGAAUGGGAGAUGGUACCAUCCCUGAUGGAAGCAUAACGACAUCGUCUACUGAUGACCAGGAAUGCAGCAGUAACACUUACGGACGGCUAGUAGGGUACGGUGGCUGGUGUCCCACAUUAAAUGACAAAUACAGUGUUUGGUUCCAAGUGGAUCUAAAGCACCCGGUAUUGGUUGAAGGUGUUGUUACAAAGGGUCACAAAGACAAAAGGUACUGGGUUACAGAGUUUCUCGUAUCUUACGGUGACAACGAGCAAGACCUGCGCUUCGUAGGAGGGACAGAUGAGGACAACGCACAGAGAUUCUCUGGAAAUACAAAUCGACGUACCAGAGUAACCAACAUGUUCAUUGAGGAAAUCAGAGCACGCUACAUCCGCAUCACACCAACUGGGUAUUAUCAGCGUCCUGGGAUGCGUAUUGAACUCCUUGGAUGUAAUGAACGCUUCUUCUGUUUGGAUCGUCUCGGAAUGGGAGAUGGCAGCAUUCCAGACUACAAAAUCACAGCAUCAAGUCCACAGCAGAGGGAAGAUGGUAACUGUCAACCAAGCAAUGCACGACUCACUCAAUCAGCAAACAGUCAGACUAUUGGCUGGUGCCCUGAUCCUAAUGACAUCAACCCAUGGUUACAGAUUGAUCUCGAAAGUAAUGUCAUAGUAGAGGGAAUUAUGAUGCUGCAGGGAUCUGAUCAGGUAAUCAAUGAAGAUGUGAGUCAUGGGUACCGGCUGGAGUACAGUGAUGACCAGAGCACUUGGCAUACUAUGGGUUCAGCACAGAUUAUCCGAAGAAACACCGCAGCAGACUCGGUAGCUACCAGCAUGUUCACUCCACCAAUCACUGCUCGUUAUAUCCGCAUCACACUAAACCAGACUGAUGGCUCUCUGUGGAUACGUGUUGAACUACUAGGGUGCAAAGUACGCUGGGUAUGUAGACAACGCCUUCUUAAUGAAGCCCAUAUCAUUUCCGACGAAUCACCACGGCUUCAGAUUGACCUGAUGUUAGUAACACUAGUUGAGGGAGUCAUAGCACAAGGGAAAAAUGAAACGUCAUUUCAAGUGGAAUACAGUCUCGACAACGUUACCUGGGUCAACGUAAGCCACCAUGGAGAACCUCAGACAUUCAUUGGCAGCACAGAACAAUCACCGGUUACGAACAUAUGGUUUGAGCAGCCAAUCAGAGCACGCUUCAUCCGCAUCACACAAAUCGAAAACGGUGGAUAUCCAGCUGUAAGCAUUGAACUCAUUGGAUGCAGAAAUAAUAUUCUUGAGACUGCCAACAAUCAAGCCUUCAGCAUUCGCCAUCACAAAGAUAUUAACCAAGGCUCAACAAACUGCCCAGGUCUGAAUAGUGAAGGAGGAUGGUGGUUUAAUAGAUGCUCUGGUAUACCUGGUGUAGAUAAUAACCUUAAUGCUGAAUAUAUACAACCUGGUGAUGCUAUGGGUCCAUACAAACGAGUCAUUAGAGCUAGUGAAUGGAAUGGGUCUCGUGUUGUUAAGACUGAAAUCAAAGUACGCCGUCAAUCUCCGCCUCGUGGCUAA